AUGUCACCAUUUUCUUCUUCUCGUUCUCUUUCUCUCUCUCUCUCUCUCUCUCUCUCUCUUUCGCGCGAGCGCUCGCUCUCUUUCUCUGUCUGUCUGUCUGUCUGUCUCUCUCUCUCUCUCUCUCUCUCUCUCUUCACUCUUUCUCUUUCUUCCAUUCUCUGUUCGUCUCCACCUCUCUCUCUCUCUCUCUCUUUCUCUCUUCCUCAGUUUGCUUCCUUUCAUUUUCACCUUGGUCCAAAAAACUACAAGAGAAGACCGAGAUCUAACACAUUCAAUCUCUCUCACCCUCUCUCUCUCUCUCUCUUGCUCUCUCUCUAUCUCUUUCUUUCUCGAUGCUUUUCUGACUCUUUCUCUCUCUUUCUCUUUCUCUCUCUCUCUCUCUCUCUUUCUCGUUACAUAUCACUUUCUGGCUCUCUCUUUCCGUCUCUCCCUUUCCGUCUCGUUCUCUCUCUCUCUCUCUCUCUCUCUCUCUUUUUCUCGCGAGCGCGCUAUUUUUCUCUUUCUCUCAUUCUCUUCCUCUUCCUGUCUAUUUCAUUGUUUCUCUCUUUUUCUCUUUCUGUCUCUCUUUGUCUAUGUUUCUAUUCUUUCUCACUUUCUCUCUCUCUCUCUCAUUACCUGUCUCUUUCUGUCUCCGUAUCUCUUUCUGUCUCUCUCUCUCUCCUCUUUCUCUUAAUCUCUUCCUUUUUUUUUCUAUUUCUUUCUUUCUCUCUUUUUUUAUAUUUCUGUCUCUCUUUCCCUCUGUUUCUCUUUUCUCUCCCCCAGCCUUUCUCUCUCUCUCUUUCUCUCUCCCUUGUUACCUGUCUCUUUCUGUUUCCGUGUCUCUUUCUAUCUUUCUCUUUCUGCCUCUCUCUCUCCUCCCCCUCUCUCUCUCUCUAUUUCUUCUUCCUGCCUGCCUUCUUUUCUCACUCUUUGCCGCGUCUUGUGGGGGUUGCCUUGGCAUGCCAAGCUGAUCUUUCAAUGACUUGGUGCGAGAACAAGGCUACACCAAAAGAGGUAUCGGGGCUUGCAUCAACCGCUGUCUCAGACUCGGGCAACUCAACUUUAUUCGUUGCAAAGUUAUGUGCGAAUGACCCUGAUCUUUGA